AUGAGGGCUGUCUUGUCGGUUCUCCGUGAGGAGGUGCGAGUUCGGCGCAUGGAGGCAGAACAGGCUCUCAAUAUCCGGGAAGAGUCCGAGAAACAACUGGGCAACACUCUUCGCCCGUUCCCGCCAGAUCCUGUUGUUGAUCUCCAGUUCGUAAUCGGAGAGACCACGCGACUAGCUCGCCGUGGAGAAGCGGCCACCCCUAUCAACCUAGCUGCAGCCGCAGCGGAGGACUUCCAAGCCUGCCCAGGUCCAACAGCCGUCGAUUCCCCGCAGCAGAACUCAUAUCAGGAAGGCAAGGCCAUCAUGGCCAUCUGGAACGGUGUCAUGGAGACGUAUCCGGACCACGACAUUGCGCUUCACGUUCUGCUCGACGACCCAGAGACAGAGGAUGCAGGCGUCUUUUAUGCACGAGGCUUCCUUUCACCUGCUUUGGCACCAAGACUGUCAUUCCCUCUGACUGGGCGCCAGGCAGACCACCUCAUCGCCAUCAUUUUGACCACCCUCCCUUCAACGUAUUCCAUUCCUGCCCAGAUUGGAAGAGGUCAUCGUCUUCCUUUUCUACAACACACACAUACCCGCUUUGCCUUACAGGACCUCCAGAUCGACUCAGAGUGGCAUCGCUCAACAGACAUGGCACCACCACGAGCUAGCGGUGGCAGCAUGUUGGCUCCUUCACAUCGUGAUGGGCGGUCUUCAUCCCAGUCUGCCCACAACUCUGGCAACAUCGCGGAUGACUCUGAGGAAGAGCAACCAUACGAUGGCACACUAGACUCGAUCAAGACACAGAAGACAUCUGUCCGCCUACCCUUACGCGCUGAUUACGGUCAGUGGAGCACUAUCCAAGCCUUUCGGGAGCUGAUCCAAAACCAGCGCGACGCCAUCAUUGCCAGCUUUAAUAUUUCUGAGACCGACUUUCAUGUCCAACACGAAGGAAACCUAUUCAAGAUUCCGGUGCCCGGUCCUGAUCCAACGGAAUUGGCUGGAUACAUUAGUCACAGUGGCCCUGCUGACUCUGGACUUAUCGAGAUUGUCAACCACCGAGCAACUCUACAGCCUAAGAACUUCGACUUUGGUUUGAGUGGGAAGAGAGGCAAUCUAGAGCAAGCAGGUAUAUACAGUGAGGGUCUCAAGAUUGCCAUCCUCACCCUUCUCCGGCUUCCUUAA